GCACGGCCUCUGCUGGACUGAGCCCCGAGCCAGGAGGCGGCGGCGGCGGCGGCGGCGGCGGCGACGUCGGCCGGGGCUCGACUCCUGUCCGGCCCCCGGCACGGCUAGCGGCAGGUGGCGGUCCGCGCGCGUGUGCAGGGCAGAAACCAUUCUCCUGGGGACCCUUCGUAAGCAAGAGACGCCGACGCUGUGACAUAUGCCAGUGCCACCACCACCACCACCUCCUCCUCUGCCUCCACCUCCCCCACCUUUGGGGGCUCCUCCCCCUCCCCCCCCACCAGCGCCCCCGGUGGGUACAGACGCUUCCAGCUUGAGAAAGGCAGACCCCAAAGGUCGGAGCGCUCUGUUGGCUGAUAUCCAGCAGGGAACUCGCCUACGGAAAGUCACACAGAUCAAUGACCGCAGUGCCCCACAAAUUGAGAGUUCUAAGGGAGGCAACAAAGAAGGAGGAGGUUCUGCAAACUCUCGAGGCGGAAGCACACCCCCAGCCCUGGGAGAUCUGUUUGCCGGUGGCUUUCCAGUGUUGCGUCCAGCAGGCCAGAGGGAUGCAGCAGGUGGCAAGACAGGGCAGGCCCCUGGCUCCCGGGCGCCUUCUCCCCGGCUUCCUAUCAAAACUAUCAGUGGCCCGCUGAACCCCCCUGCAUCUCCCAGGCUAGGCAGUGCCUCUGAGGUGCAUGGCGCUGCCAGGACAGUCCCUCCUCGCCCCAGCAUGCCUGCCCCACCGCCUCCUACCCCACCCCCACCUCCUCCGCCCCUGCCCCCACCCCUGCCCCCUUCCUCCCCCACCAAAACUCCGCUGGUGUCCCCACCUGGCCCACCCACCAAAGGGAACCCCCAGGGGCUGUACCCCCUCUCCCCUCCGUACCUCCCCCCCCCCCCCCCCCCCCCUCCCCCAACUCCACCCCCCCUUCCCCUGGCCUCCGUUCUCAGUGACAAGGCAGUGAAGCCUCAACUAACCCCCUUGCACCUACCACCCAUCCCACCCCCACUCCCCCUCCUCCCACCUUGUGGGUAUCCAGGGCUCAGUGCAGAUGCUACCAGCCCCGCCCAGGAUGUGCGGGAGCCUCCCGCCCCACCACCCCCGCCACCCCCACCCCCUCUUUAUGCCUCCUGUACCCCGAGGUCCUCUGUGCCUGCACCUCCUUUGCCAGGAGCUAACAACAGCAGUGAAGCCCCGCCCCCGCUGCCCCCCAAGUCUCCCAGCUUCCAGGCCCAGCCACCCAAGUCCAGCGUUCAAGCCUUGCCUACACCUCCAGCCCCUCCGGGAUCCCAGACGUUCGUGCAGAAGAAGAAGCCCGGACGAGGCCCAGGGACCAGUGGGGGAAAGCUAAAUCCACCCCCAGCACCGCCUGCGAGGUCACCCACCACGGAGCUUUCCAGCAGAAGCCAGCAGGCCCCAGCCUGGACCCCGACACCGCAGCCGGGAGGUCAGCUGUGGAACGGAAGCCUGCAUAUCAUCGAUGACUUUGAGUCGAAAUUCACGUUUCAUACUGUGGAAGACUUUCCUCCUCCAGAUGAGUAUAAACCGAGCCAGAAGAGUUACCCCAGCAAGAUCCCCAGAAGCCGGACACCUGGUCCCUGGCUCCAUGCCGAGGCGGCAGGGCAGAGCUCGGAUGACAUCAAAGGCAGAAAUUCUCAGGGAAGACCAUUCGGUGCAACCUUUGUUUGCAGCAAGAAUGAAACGCUUACAGUUUCAAGCUCUGAAGAGUGAAAGGGGGAAUCCCCAUCACAUCCAGAAGCAAGUUAUCUCUAAAGACACUCCGGUGAGAAGGCAGAUGAAGCCCAUGUCCCGUGAGCCACCUGGGGUUCCAUACUGCCAGAUGGGCAUCCCCAGGACAACGUGUCUGUCCUCACCACACUCGAGUUGUAAUUCAGUUGACACACAAGCUCAGAGUGGAGCAUUUAUUUAUUGUAAAUACGUAGUUUGCACAGGCUUUAAGUCAGUAUGGUAGUCGACUUUUGAGUAAUUUAAACACACACACACACACAUUAUGUUUCUCCAGUUUUUUUAAGACGCAUCUUGUCAUCCAUCUGUCGGUACAGACAGAGCCCUGUCCCCACCCCGUGGUGUCCAUUCCAUGACUGUAAAUAUGCGUGCAGGCUGGCCCUUCCUAGAUUCUGAACCGUUUCUAGAAGAUUCCUUAGUUUGCAAGUAGUCCCGAAGUCGCAGUAUCCAUGACAGCUUCUUAUUGGCAUGAUUCUAUAUUCUCAUCGUACAAACCGCAAAAUCAAACCAAAUAAUGCCUUAUAAAUGAUGCAGCUCAGAGAGAGUAGUGUAGCCCCACACCCAGACAAUGCCACACAGCCUCCAGUGAACGAGAUGCCACGUCUCGCUUCCGUUUUGCAGUACAGGGAUUUUUUUUUUUUUCUGCCUAAUGUAAAUAUAACGCAAAAUCAAGGCAAGAGUGGGCGUGGCCCCUCCAAUGCCAACCACAGGGCCCUUUUGUAACUGAAUGACCCUACAAGUAGCCAGUGCUCUUUACCGUUUACAGUGCCCCUCCCCACCCACGUUCCCAUUCCUCCUGUCCCACGAAGCCCCUAGCCCCAGUCCUGGCAGCCAGGGUAAGGCGAGAUUUAUGAGAUUUUGGUAUUUUUUCUGCAAGUUGGAAACAUACGUGACUCCUUAUUAUGGUUCGUUACAAAGUCUAUCUCAGAGAUGUUUUUGUUUUUUAUCUUUCGCCCCGGGAGCAGGAUUUCCACGGAAAAUAUGACACGAGAAAGUAUAGACCGAAGCAUGUUAGCAAAUAUCUGCCUCACAUACCUGGUGCCUCACCCCCGCCCUUAGGGACCCUGGAAGCACCCGCCAGGCUUCCCUUCCCUUCUUCAGCUCCCUUCUGAGCUCAAGAGGACCUGACUGGUCUGAGAGCAAAUCCCCCCUUCCCUGCCGCAGGCACUUCUCUGUGGGGGAGAAGGGUGGAAGUACAGCGGCCCCCGGAUACGGAACUGGUCUGGACGGGCUCUGACUGCUGUUCUCGCACCCUUUUUCUUGAGCUGGGAAGAGAACACAAGGGUGUUUUUGCUUGCACCUGACCCCCAAAUGCCCCCUGUCCUUGGAGGGGAAGCUAUACCAGAAGAAGGACAGAACAUAGAAGGAAACAGACCGACCCCGGGGUCUGUGCUCAAAACAGGUGGAGAUGAAAGGAAAUCGAGAGGGAGAGGCGGGCAGAGCCGUGGAAAAAUUAAUGUCCUCUAGAACAACCCACUCAGGUGCUCAGACCUGAAGGACAGCGUGCCCAGACCAAGCCAUCCAAAAGAGGUUUCCGGUUAGGAGGGCUUUGGCAGAUGUGAGUGCACACACUCAGCUGUUGUCCAGAGUAAAGUGUAAGAUGGCGUCCUACAACUGAGCAAGGUCAAGCGCCCUUCUCUGGGGAAUCAAUCAUGCCAAACUGUAACUGCUAACUCAAUGGAAAAGCAGCUUUUGCAGGUCAUUGGCUCUGGGCAUCGCCGAUUUGUUUUACUGGCUCCGGAAGCUUUCCAAAAGGGUAGAAUUUCUUUAUUAUAACGGCAUCCCCUCCGUCUCCCUCCCGGUGGCGUAAAACAAUUACAAGGGUUUUAAUGAUCACGAUUAAGAAGGCCAAAGACAAUUCCACCUUCAGAGUAGACUGACUGCCCUGAUGAGGUGUUUAUACACUCAUGUUCCACGCCACUGGGACAGAAAUGAAAAAUAAAGCCAUCGAGGACACAGGGAAGGGAGGAGCAGAAACCAAAAAUUGCAAUUAGGGAGAAAUCUCAGGAAUCUGGCAUCACACCUCUCCUCGAGACCUAUCACUGAAUUUCACACCCUUCGAACUCACGUGGUGCCUGCCUCUGGCAGGACAGGUUAAGCCCCUUGACCGUAAACUUUUGCAGAGGCGACGAAUCACGAUCACGGCACCCUCACUGCUCUCAAGCGUCUCGCUAACACUGUCGCCUGUGCCCCACCCCCACCCCGUGUUUCAUAUGUAUUUUGUAUUUAUUGAUGUGCCCUCCGCAGACUCCUUUCUUUGUACCUAAUAAACUUAAAUAAGUGGAAA